AUGAAAAGUUAUCGACAUUAUAUCUAUUAUACUGUGAUAUCGCUUCUGUUAUUGUGCAGCUCCGUUUCAUUCGCAAAACAGGGAGAGACUCCGUUCUUCAAAGACGCUAUACCAGAAAGAUCGCGCCCCUCUGCACCAGAUAAGGGCAAUGAUACGUGCCCGCCAUGUUUCAAUUGUAUGUUGCCAAUUUUCCAGUGUAAACAGUUUUCUGAAUGUGAUUCAUACACCGGCAGAUGUGAAUGUAUAGAAGGGUUUGCAGGUGAUGACUGUUCUCUGCCUCUGUGUGGUGGUCUCUCACCGGAUGAGAGCGGUAAUAAGGAUCGUCCUGUAAGAGCGCAGAAUGAUACCUGUCAUUGUGACGAUGGAUGGGGUGGAAUCAAUUGUGACGUUUGCCAAGACGAUUUUGUUUGUGAUGCAUUCAUGCCCGAUUCCAGUAUCAAGGGGACUUGUUAUAAGAACGGUAUGAUCAUAAACAAAGUCUUUUCAGGAUGUGAUGUGACCAAUGAGAAAAUUCUACAAAUUUUAAACGGCAAAAUUCCACAAAUUACAUUUGCUUGUGAUAAACCCAAUCAGGAGUGUAAUUUCCAGUUUUGGAUAGACCAAUUAGAAAGUUUUUACUGUGGAUUGAACGAUUGUGCUUUUGAGUACGACUUAGACCAUAAUACCUCUCAUUAUAAAUGUAGCGAGGUUCAAUGUAAAUGUGUUCCCGAUACAAUGUUGUGUGGUGCUAAGGGGUCUAUUGAUAUCUCAGAGUUUCUAACGGAGACUAUAAGAGGCCCUGGGGAUUUCAGCUGUGAUUUAGAAACAAGGCAGUGUAAAUUCAGCGAGCCUUCCAUGAAUGAUUUGAUCUUAACUAUUUUUGGUGACCCUUACAUCACUCUGAAAUGUGAGUCUGGUGAAUGUGUUCAUUACAGUGAAAUUCCAGGUUAUAAGUCUCCUUCGAAGGACCCAGCAGUGUCAUGGCAGGGAAGAUUGGUACUGGCUUUGACUGCUGUGAUGGUUUUGGCACUCUUUACGUUUGCCACUUUUUACAUCUCCAAAUCGCCAUUAUUUAGAAAUGGAGCGGGAUCAUCAAAAUCCCCCAUUCGUUUGCCAGACGAGGAUGCAAUGAAUAAUUUUUUGCAAAAUGAAGAUGAUACAUUGGCAACAUUAAGUUUUGAAAACAUCACAUACAGUGUACCCUCGAUAAAUUCCAAUGGCUUUGAAGAAACAGUACUGAAUGAAAUCAGUGGUAUCGUUAAACCGGGCCAAAUUUUGGCUAUUAUGGGUGGUUCCGGUGCAGGUAAGACAACUUUGUUAGAUAUUCUAGCAAUGAAAAGGAAGACGGGCCAUGUCUCCGGUAGCAUUAAAGUUAACGGUACUAGUAUGGACCGUAAAGCCUUCUCUAAGAUAACCGGAUUCGUGGACCAAGACGACUUCUUAUUACCUACACUAACUGUCUAUGAAACUGUCCUGAAUAGUGCAUUACUGAGAUUGCCCAAAGUGUUAUCCUUUGAAGCCAAGAAGGCGCGCGUUUAUAAAGUGUUGGAAGAGCUCAGAAUCAUUGAUAUCAAAGACCGUAUUAUCGGGAACGAAUUUGAUCGUGGUAUCAGUGGAGGUGAGAAACGUCGUGUUUCCAUUGCAUGUGAACUGGUGACGUCUCCAUUGGUAUUAUUUUUGGAUGAACCCACGUCUGGGUUAGAUGCGAGUAACGCUAAUAAUGUUAUUGAAUGCCUAGUGAGACUAUCCAGCGACUAUAACAGAACUUUGGUAUUAUCCAUUCAUCAGCCAAGAUCAAACAUAUUUUAUUUAUUUGACAAAUUGGUUUUAUUAAGUAAAGGUGAAAUGGUAUACUCAGGAAACUCUAAGAAAGUCUCGGAAUUUUUGAGAAAUGAAGGAUACGCUUGUCCUGAUAAUUACAACAUCGCAGAUUAUUUGAUCGAUAUUACUUUUGAAACCACUCCCCAGGGGAAGAGAAGAAGAAUACGAAAUAUCUCGGAUUUAGAAGCCGGCGCCAAUGUUAACGAUAAUGAUAACGAUAAUGAUAACAUCAUUCAUCAAGCAACGUUCACUAACAGCGACGGUACCACACAGAGAGAAUGGGCUCAUCUCGCAGCCCAUAGAGACGAAAUCAGAACAUUGUUGAGAGAGGAUGAGGAUGAAGAAGGAGCCGACGGAACACGAGGCACCACCGAGAUCGAUUUGAAUACCAAGAUAUUACACGAUAAAUAUAGAGAUAGCGUUUAUUUCGCCGAGCUUUCACAAGAGAUUGAAGAUGUCAUGAGUGAAGCGGACGAAAACAGCAACGUUUUGAACGGAGAUUUGCCUACGGGUCAAGAAUCUGCUAGUUUCUUACAACAGUUAUCGAUAUUAAAUUCAAGGAGUUUCAAAAAUAUGUAUAGGAACCCUAAGCUUUUAUUGGGGAACUACGUCUUAACGAUUCUACUAAGUCUGUUCUUAGGAACGUUAUACUACAACGUCUCUAACGAUAUCAGUGGUUUCCAGAAUAGAAUGGGGUUAUUCUUCUUCAUAUUGACCUACUUUGGCUUCGUUACAUUCACGGGCCUGAGCUCAUUUGCUCUGGAGAGAAUUAUUUUCAUCAAGGAAAGAUCUAAUAAUUACUAUUCGCCAUUUGCAUACUACAUGAGCAAGAUAAUGAGUGAAGUGGUGCCCUUACGAGUGGUGCCUCCCAUACUGUUAUCGUUAAUUGUGUAUCCGAUGACAGGUCUCAACAUGAAAGACAAUGCCUUUUUCAAGUGUAUCGGGAUACUUAUAUUGUUCAACUUGGGCAUAUCACUGGAGAUCUUGACCAUCGGAAUAAUAUUCGAAGACUUGAAUAAUUCCAUCAUACUAAGUGUACUGGUGCUCUUGGGCUCACUACUAUUUAGCGGAUUAUUUAUCAACACCAGUAACAUUACCAAUGUAGCGUUCAAGUACCUGAAAAACUUCUCCGUGUUUUACUACGCCUACGAAUCCCUAUUGAUCAACGAAGUCAAGACAUUAAUGUUAAAGGAGAGGAAGUACGGCUUGAACAUCGAGGUUCCCGGCGCCACUAUCCUGACCACGUUCGGAUUUGUCGUCCAAAACCUGGUCUUUGACAUCAAGAUCCUGGCUUUGUUCAAUGUCGUGUUUCUAAUAACGGGGUAUUUAGCCCUUAAAUGGAUAGUCGUGGAACAGAAAUAG